CGCGGGCUUCUACUUUGGGUCCCGCGCAUCCCGCUCGCCUUUUUUGGGAGGGUCCCUGUGCAACGGGAUCCCCUGGGGAGGGCUGAGGCUGAGGAAGCUGAGGAACGGUGCCCCUCCCCGCCGGGAGUGCCUCUCUCACCCCUCUCCAUGCGCGGUCUGAGCGGGGGAGGCUGUGUAUCGGGGUGCCGACCCCACCCUGCGCCUGCCGGGGUCCAGAAUCUCAUGGGGUUGUGGAAAGAACAGAGGUCAGGAAAUCACACAGGUGGUGCUGUGAGAUCCAAUGUUUUGUAGGUGAUAAGUGGCUCAGAGGGAAGCGGAGCAUCUACUCUGCAUGCUUGUUGCAUCCCUGAGCUGGAGCAAGACAUUCCCAGCAACUGCCAAGGUGUGGCAAGGAAGUGUCCUAGCCUUGCCAUCCAGAGCUGCAGAAACUGAUGUACAUUACAGGACACCGUGACCAUUUUGUAUUGGAAAACAGAGAUGGGUAUUCUUGCUGUACUUGCUCUACCAUUGCUUCUCUUAGGGAUCAGUGGAAUUUUUUAUAUUUACCAGUCAGUCAGGUGGCUAUUGUCCAAGUCAGCGGUGCAAAACAAGGUGGUGGUGAUUACGGAUGCCAUUUCUGGACUAGGCAAGGAAUGUUCUCGUGUGUUUCACACAGGAGGAGCAAGGCUUGUGUUGUGUGGCAGGACAUGGGAAAAGUUAGAAGCCUUGUAUGAUGCCUUAAUUAGUGUGACAGACCCCAGUAUGACAUAUGCGCCAAAGCUCAUACUUCUGGAUAUCUCAGACAUAAACUGCAUACGAGAUGUAGCUAAGGAAAUCCUGAAUUGCUAUGGCUGUGUGGAUAUACUAAUCAACAAUGCAAGUAUGAAGGUGAAAGGAGCAGUGCAGAGCAUUUCAUUGGAACUUGAUAAAAAGAUAAUGGAUGCCAACUAUUUUGGACCUAUAACAUUAACCAAAGCCAUUCUUCCCAACAUGAUCUCAAGAAGAACUGGCCAAAUUGUUCUAAUUAAUAGCAUUCAAGGGAAAAUAGGAAUACCAUUUCGUGCAGCCUAUGCUGCCUCCAAGCAUGCUGCUGUAGGUUUUUUUGAUUGUCUUAGAGCUGAAAUGGAAGAAUUUGAUAUUUCUGUCAGCACUGUGAAUCCAACUUUCAUCUGUUCGUACCAUCGCCAACCAACACCUGGCAACUGGGAGGCAUCUAUUUGGAAAUUCUUUUUCAGGAAGGUGGCAUAUGGUGUACACCCAGUGGAGGUAGCAGAGGAAGUCUUGCGCACAGUGAGCAGGAAGAAGCGGGAGGUGCUUAUGGCCAACCCUAUCCCCAGAGCAGCAGUUUACAUUCGAACCUUCUUCCCUGAGCUAUUUUUUGCCAUUGUUGCCUCAGGUAUUAGGGAAAAGCUAAAGACAGAGGAGGAAAAUUGAUUUUGUUCAGUUUUUUUCUCUGGUUUUGACUUGAAAAAAAAGUUUUUGUUUCAAAUGUCAAUGAUUUCUGCUGCUUGCCGUGGAUAGAAUAAAGCUACUACCACUGACACACAUUCAUCCAUGGAACUUCUACUCUUCUGGAUUUAGGGAAUAUGAGAUGUCAUUUUUUACAUUAGAACAGUAUGGGGAAAGCCCUACUAGGGACUCUGUCACUGUAUAAUACAGUGAUUCCCGAUAUAAAUCAAAAUUUGGGGACCUGCAGUAACUCACCAGAAUAGUCUGCUAGUGCUAGAACUGAUGGAACUUACAGGAAAAAAGAGAUGGGGAAGCAGGGAUAUGUGGGAGAGAGAGGAGUAAAAACCAAUGGAAAACAGAGUUAGAGCCUGGCUCAGAGUGUUCCUCAGACAUGCUUUUUGGAAGUUCUAACAGGAUAUGCAAAUGGCAAACCCAAUAAGGGCUUAUCUAGUUCAAUAUCUGAUCCACAACAGGAUCCUGGAGUACGUGCUUAAAAAAUAGAGCAGUCUUCCAGGUUCUGGCAUUCUGCUUCACAGUUUGAAACAGACUCUGUCUCUGCAUUUUUUUAAAAACUAUCAUUUUUUCACACAAACCUUUCAAAUCCUUAUUUCCCUGAGGAAAUAUAUAAAAAAAGACUGCCUUACGUUUACUUUAAAGCUGAUGUCAGGUAAUAUUCUCCUACUUCUUUUAGCGUGAGAGACACAAAAUAAUCGUAUUCAAAUCAUUCAAGCCCAAUCAUUCAUGCCCGUCAUACAUUCCAUGCAGUUGCCUGUUUUCCAAAUUGGAGAACCCUGUAAACUAUUCACUCACUCUUUGCGAGAAGUCCAGAUUAUUCUUGUUUAUAAUUUUUGGCUUACUGCUUGUUUUUUGUUUUUGUUUUUGUUUUUUUUAAGAUGGGUAGCCCACAGCUGCAUGCAGCAUUCAAAAUAGAUAAACAAUUUGGAUUCACAGACAAGCAUACAGAUGCUUCCUGGGUUUUUCACUUCUUUUCUUCUUUUGCAUGUCUUAUGCAAAUACCUUCUUUUGAGACAUUUUUCUGACUUUUUUGACUGCUCCUGAUCAUUGAGUUUCCUUGUCCACUCUGCCAUAUAUCAUAAUUAAUCAUCAUGACCAUAAACACGGUCAUUGUUCAUGUCAAUUGUCUAAAUUCCAUAUAUUCCAAAAAUUCUCUCACUCCUAGUCAUUCUAUGCUCCUCUCCCCAUCACAUUUUCCCAGUUCAUGCUGAGGCCUUGCUCUGCCUUUUUAUCUCAUCCUGGGGGCUGAACCAGAAUAUAAAUAAAGCUAAUGAAAGGAUGUCCUGAUCUUCAGUUUUACAUCUAAGGGCUUAAAUUCUGUUUCCCAAACCCUCCCCCACCCUUUCUUGUGCCAUCAGUACUCAAAGAGGUCAUGACCACUUGCAUUUUGUCCUGUCAAAAUGCCUUGUUUGAAGAAUACCUACAAAGGAAAUACCUGCUCUGGAGGUAUGGAACCAAACUGCUCUUGCUGCUACAAGUCCCAUUGCUCAUGUAACUUUCAACAGCAGAUCACUUAUAUACCUCAUUCAUCAACAGAGUCUCCAAACAUGAACGGAAUUCUGAGGGCAAGGAAAUAUAUGACUAUCAUCUUGCAGGGACAUUAACUUUUUUGCUGUAUCUGUAAUUCAAUUACUCAGACUUCAAGAAACCUGACUCAGGGAGGUAGUUGACCACAGGGGAGAAGAAGACAGUUCCUGCAGUACCUGUUGGAGCUCCAUCUAUUUUCUGUUGUAGCACUGGGGUUUUAUUAUUGUGUGAGUGACUAUACCUUAACUGGGAAGUCAAACAAUGACUUUGUUCAAAAUUUUCUAGCUCCUCACCAGAACUCUACUCCUUCAAACAAAUGGGCAUUUACUGUGGUCUCAGUUUUACUUGUGUCUGUACCUCAGAAAAAGCCAAGCCCUUCAUAAUUCCACAAAACUCAAAUGUAGAAUAACUGGGUAAUUUAAUCAGAAAAGGAUCAGGAAUCGUAGGACAUCACUGCUAAAUAUGAAUCAACAUUUUUUGUGGCUACCCCAUCCCUGGAAGGCCAGGUUGGGGUGUCCCUGGCCAUGUCAGGGAUUGGAACAAGAUGGUCCCUUCCAACCCUAACAAUUCUCUGAUUUCCUUGAUUUCUAUUAUUUUAUUGCUUUGUUGUAAAAACAAGUGGAUUACAUGUUAAAAUGAACUGAAUAAUCCUUCUGCUCCAUUUUGCAUGUUCUAGA